AUGGCAAGGAUAGCGUUGCCCAUGCUCUCCAAAACAGAGGCUUCCCCAAUAAUUCACUCCAUUCGAACCUACCAAGUGCCUCAAUGGAAGGCCACCACAAGACCCACGUCAAUACACAAUAUUAAAGUAAAAUUCGGAUCUACACUUACCAAAGACUUCGAUCUGAAAGAGUACAACAAACCUCUCAUCGAAAGCAUAAACGGGGAGCUCCACAGCCUAAUUCCCCUAAGCAACGACAAGAUCGAAGAAGCCAUGAGAUACUCUGUGAAGGGAGGGGGAAAGAGAUCAUGCCCCCUCAUGUGCAUAGCGGCGUGCAAGGCGGUGGGAGGGCAGAGAGAAGAGGCCCUGCCAGUGGCGUGCUCGUUGGAAAUGAUCCACGCUGCCUCACUGCGUUGCGACCGCCCCCCGACCUACGUCGUCUUCGGCCCAGGCAUCGCCAUUCGCGCAAGCGACGCCCUCUACGCCCUCGCCUUCCACCACAUCGUUCGGCCCUGUGACGCACUCCAUCCCGAGGGAGCACUCAAAGUAGUCUAUGAGCUGGCAAAGGCAGGAGGAUCCAUGAGCAUGGCGGGCGACCAAUACAUGGAUUUGGCUAGUUUGGGGACUCCUUUUAUUGACCUUGCCUUUGUCGAGUACAUUCACCACCAUAAGUCAACGCUCAUGGCGGAGAUUUUGUUGUUGAGUGGAGGGAUCGUUGGCGGGGGGUCCAAUGAAGAGGUGGAGAGGCUGAGAGCUUAUGGGCAUUUUGUUGGUCUUGCUUACCAGAUCGUUGAUGAUAUGCUUGACCAGACUGGAACUACCGAGGAGCUCACUAAACCAGCUAGGAACGAUAAAAUGGUGGGGAAAGCUACUUAUCCUGAGCUCUACGGGUUGGAGAGGUGUCGGGAGAUUGUGGUUGAACUUGUGCAGAAAGCCCAACCCUGCAUUUCCCAGUUUGAUCCCUUAGAUGCGGCGCCUCUGGUUAUUUUUGCACAAUUUGUUGUUGUCAAAACUUUUGACAGCAUCACUGGGUAG